CCUUAUCAAAAAAAAAUCCAUACUGGGUUUACCUUUCGCUGAGCGAUUCGUCCAUUAUCUGGUGAAUAAAAUUCCCAUUGACUCCUGAAGAAAGUCGAGAAUGAUUUUUUCGCAGUCAAUUUUUUUGUCACUCCUUUCCUGUCAAAUUUCCAUGGAACAAAUUGGUUAUUGAGAAUCGAGACUCAUUGUGGUUCUGGUCUGGUGGAUGGAGUCGUGAAUAUGAUUAAAAUUUUUGGAGAAUAUUAUGGGACGUGGGGAAAGCACCAAUGAUGAGGAAACGGAGACUGAAACCGUUGAAGAUGACGUUACAGGGAGUGAGGCAUCUACUGCAGCUAGCAAAAAAGUUCAACUCCUUGGAAUACCGCUGUACAAAUUGUCUUACAAGAGGCUGCCUAGAAAAUGUCUCAAGUUUUCAUUUCUCACCAUAAAUACUGCGACUUUUUUGACAGGAAUUUCGGCAGUAAUUAUUUCCAUCUGGAUGCUCUCGGAUAGAGAAUUGAUACUGAGAUUGACGGGUCAAAAACUGUUUGUCACGAUUCUCUUGAUCAUUGGAAUUUUUGCGAGUUGCGUUUCAUCCGUCGGAAUUCUCGCCUUUGUUAAAAGACGAAAGAAGUUGUGGAGUACAUAUAUUAUUUGUCACACCUUGUGGUUAGCUACCAUUUUUUUCACCUCGAUAUUCAGCUCGUCUUUCUUUGAUCGUAUAACGAACAAAAUUCACGAUGAUAUGAGGAGUACGAUGAUAAAGUAUCGAUCAUUGGAUUGGGUUACAGAAGCCUGGGACAAUACACAACAAUACUUGAAAUGUUGCGGUAUCCGGUCUUAUAAGGACUGGGAGGAGAAUCGGCUAGAAAUACCGCACAGUUGUUGCUCCAAAAGCAUCGAACAGUGCCUUCAUAUGACGGGAAGUGUUGCCUUUGAAGCUGGUUGCCUGAAAAGUGCUUACCUCAUGCUAAAAUCUCAUAUUGACACAGUAGCAGUUUCCGCAAUAUUCGUAUCCAUAAUCUCAGGAGCGAGUUUGUUCUUUGCACGAGGAAUGAAGAGAAAAUUCAGGGCAAUCCAUUACACGAACGACGGUUCAACGUGAAAUACAAAACGAAGAGAUGAGUCUAAAAUGAAACCAAAAAACAAUAAUA